ACACAAGUUGCGCUCAAAAAAUUAAAAGACUCGUUUAGACCGGUAUUCAUAGAGAGUGUGUUCAGCACUGACACUGUUUUGAGUGAUUUACAGAUUGUUUUGUUCGUGAAAUGAGUGGUAAAUAUGGAAACAAAGAGUUGGAUGAGUUCUGUCAUCGGAACCAAUUGACAGCCAAUUAUUCAACACCUGAUGAGCCGUUAGAUGGCUUGGGAUACAUGACUACUAUCCGGAUGCUGAACACCGAUGGCCGGGAAGUGGCGUCUGAGUCGGCAUUUGGCGGCACUAAAGCC